AUGCCACUGCCAUCACCGCAGGUGCAGGAUGUGGAUGCGGAGGAGGUGCCGACGACUGCGCUGAGCAUGGAGUUCUUCGAUAAGCUGUAUACCAACGACAUUCUGCGACGCGACGGCUCCAUCAAGGGCUGCAUCCCCGAGUGCCUCGACAACGGCAUGGAAAUCAACCAGGAAAUCACAAAAGUGCUACACAUGCCCGAGUCUGAGCAGUACGACAUGUUUGUGCCGGAGGAGCGCCAGGAAUUCCUCUUCCAGCUCUUCUCCCUCCUCGUCACGGGCGGGCCGCUGAACCAGUAUGAGGACAACGUGGGCCCCUACUUUGAUCUGACGCGGUCGCUGUACAAGAUUGCGUGA